AUGUUCGCGCAAUACCGUUCUCAGCACCUUGAUCGCCACUAUGCGCGCCUUCAUUGGGAUGCCGAGUUGGAAGCCAUGAAUGGUGAGUCGCUCCGCAUUUACGACACAUCAGGCAACGGCGAUGACAUCCAAUUUAACCCGACAAUGUCCAACAUUGUGCCUGAGUCCGACCACGACGACGACCAAAGUGCGAUUCUUCGUCAGGCUGCAUCCUACCAGAGCCGGUUUCCAGUCAAUUUCCCCUACAGAGACAACGUUUCCGACGAAGACUCCGACAGGACAUCAAACCAGCGCUAUGCGCCGAGCUCCUCCUACGAUCUCGAACCUCCGCCUUCAUUGUUAGUGGAGACAGCCAUGGACAAUGAGGAAAGCCUGACCGGCAGUCCGACGCUUGAUUGGGUGUGCGGUUUUAUAGAUAAUUCUUUGAACACAAUCGAUUACUUGAUGCCAGAGCAAGUUCGGGAGGUGAUACACUUCGUGCUGGACUAUGUCUGGGCAUUCUGGUGUGGGGUUGAUGACAGAGAGGGCUUUUUAGUCUAA